UGAGUAGGCCAGCGCGAUCUCGACUUAAGGUACCCUACAAUGCAACAGUAUUGUACGGCGGUUGCCGAUCGUCGCCCCGUUUCCUCGGCCCCAUCUACCUUGCUGGGCUUGCCAAGUUGCGCACCCGCGACGGGGAUAGGUUGCGCGACUAAGGUGUCUGGGUAGGUGCAUGGGACAUGCUGCCCUCCCCUUCCACGUUGUCCCUAGCAGCUCGGGCGGGUGCAGUCCAUCCGUGGAUGGCGACACGGGGGCCAGCCAUUUCAUCAGCCAUGCUGUUCUGUGCUGGGACUCCGCUACUCUUGUCCGGCGGUGGUGGGAUGCUAAUUGCAACGCCGUCGAUCGCCGCGCCACGGAUGGCCGAAAGCGGACGGCAACCGCCACACCACCCCCCUACACGCACUCCCCCAACGAGGCAAAGUGGGUGUCAGGAGGGGUUUGGCGCAACGCCUAGCCUCGAGCCGUGGCAGUCAAUUUCGGGGUGGAAUUGCUCCACCUCCCCAAUCACCUCGCCCCCGUCGCAGCGUGUUAUUUCCAGACAGCCCAGCCCUGCCGGACAUGCAUGGGCAGGGCCGCUUCCGCCACUAACGCGCGCCUCCCCACCAAUGGGAGCGCUGGGCGGGUGUGCUGCUUGCUCGAUCGUCGUCCACCAUCGCCAGCGCCUCCCGCGCCGUCCUCUUUCGUCCAACUCGACUCUACUCGCGACAGGAAACCUCUGUUCGGUGUCGUGUGUCUGCCUUUGCCCUUUGCUUGCCAACUCCCCUCCCACCUUUAACUCCCCUCCCUCCUCUGCAUACUUACUACCCCUCCUAUCCUAUCCCAAUCUUGGACGCGAGGCAUCAUUUACUGCCGCCAUCUACGCUACUACUUGGAUGCACGACAUGAGUCUGGUCUACCUUGUCGCCUUGUCAUAAGCAAUCCCCGCGCGCCCGUCCACUGCGAUGGACCUUCCUGGACACAUCUUGGAAGCCGUGCAGACCGCAUCGGACGCCAUCCAUCCUCCUGCUGUCCCGAGAAGAAUCCGACCCGCACACCAUCCCACUCGAGACGCCUCGCGAAAGCCGAGCUUGCCAACCCUGCGCACCGCCAGCUCAUCGGUGGAAGACAUCUCUUCCGAUCCCGACUCCGACCAGGAUCAUGGCUACCAAACCGACUUCACCUCGCAACCUUCCGAAGCCUGCCCGGACGAGCUGCAUGUGGAAGAGAUGGAAGAAUGGCGGGCUCGCGAGUAUCCGCAGUUGAAGGGAAAGACAUAUCUAGACCACGGAGGCGCUACAGUCCGUU